AUGGCAGAAAAAUUUCGAUCACUGAUCAAAAUAUUAAACAAUAAAAUAAAUAAACAUCACUUAUUUAACAAUGCAACAAUGAAAAUUAAUAUUGCUUCUGAAAAAGCACAAAAAAAGUUGAAUAAUAUACAAAGUACUGUUGCUACAAAGUAUGAUAUUCUAGCAAAGCAAAUCAAUCGUGAUAUUACAUUAAUUCAAAAUAUAAAUGGAACACAAUUUGAACCAAAUCCAUUACCAAAAAAAGUUGUCAAAUGGUGGCAAUGGUAUCAACAAUUAACAGGCUUAGAUAAAGUUGAAUUAGCCAAAGAACAAGUAAUUUUUGCGCAAGAUAAAUUAUUCAAAUGUCAAGAUGAGAGAAGACACUUAAAUCGUGAAGCAAUGACAAUAAAUGAUAAAUUAAAAGAAGUAUAUUCAGAAUUAAUACAAAUUAAGAGAGAUGAUCCAAAAUACGUUCAAUUGACAAUAAUAGAAAAUAAAAAUCUUCAAGAUCAAGCAAAAAUUAUAUCACAGCUUAAUUUAUUAGAAAAAGAAGAAAAAGAUUAUUUUACAUUAUUGGCUACUGCUAUUAAAGAAUAUCAUGAUAGUCAAACAAUGAAUGCUCAAAAGUAUAAAUAUUUAUCUAUUCUUGCAUCUGCUAUAUUAGCAAUUAUAUCAUUGAUAGGUUCAAUGAUAUACAAUAAUAAAAGAAUAGCAAAUAUUCAAAAUAUUAUAUAUGAAGCACAACAAAAAAAUGAAAAUCUAUUGAGAAAUAGCUUUCAUUCAUUAGAAAAAGAUAUAAAUACAACUUUUAAUAAAUUAGUAGAAAAUAAUAAUAGAAAUAUAAGUACAACUUUUCACAAAAUAAUAGAAAGUAAUAAUAUAGUAGAAAGUAAUAAUAAACAAAAUGUAACUAUGGUUAAUGAAAAAUUAGAUGAUAAUAAUACAAUAGAAUUAGCAAGAGCUUAUAUUGUAUUUGGAUUAUUUGUUGGUAUAUAUAUAUUAAGUUCUUUAACUCGAUAAAAUUACUUUAUAAUUAAUAAUAAUUGAAUUAAUU